UAUUCUGCAGUCUAUAAUUUUUGUUUUUUCUCUCUCUUCUCCCAUCUCUCUCUACACGAUUAAAACCCUAAUUUGCCCUGCGUUCGUUUUUCCUUUCCUUGAAACUCCGACGAUCUUUCUCUCCGGUAUAACGAUGACGACGGAAGAGAAGGAGAAUCCGUACGAAGGUGGAACCGGAGGCAAGUUCCGCAAACGCCCCCUCCGAAGGUCUCAAACGACGCCGUACGAUCGUCCCCCGACAGCCCUCAGAAACCCUAACAGUAACAACAACGGUUGGCUUUCGAAGCUGGUUGAUCCCGCUCAUAGACUCAUCACUCAUGGCGCACACUCUCUAUUUUCCUCUCUUCUCCGCAAGCGCCUUCCUCCUCCCCCUCGUCCUCCCUCUUCUUCAGAUAUGGAACAGGAAACGAGGCAGGACAAUCAUCAGGAAGAAGCUGUUGCAAAAGAAUCUUCUGGCAAGGAACAAGGACCAGUUAGUAAAAGUAAUGUUCAAGUUAAUUGUUCAGACUUGGAUCAAGGUGGAUUAACAGAUCUUGAGAAACUAUUAAAGCAGAAGACUUUCACCAGAUCUGAGAUCGAUCAUUUGACAGCACUUAUGCGGUCAAGGACUGUGGAUACUACUCCUGUUAGGGGAGAAGAUAAGAAGUCAGAGAUGGUUCCCUCAGAACCAAUGCUGCCUUCUGGACAAAACGAAGAAUGUCCUAAAACACCCAUUGUAGAAAAUGGGAUUGAAAACAAUCUCGUGUUAACUCGACAUGUUACUUCCAGUGUUCCUAUCGAGGAUGUUGCUUCACCUGCAGAGCUUGCAAAAGCUUACAUGGGGAGCAGACAUUCUAAUGUAUCCUCAUCAAUGCUCGGCACACGAUAUCCUGCUCUUGGGGAAAACUCAACUGUUCUAAAAAGUGAAAAUUUUCCAUAUAAAUCCCCUAUUAUGUCAAUUGUGCCAAAGUCUACUAGACGUACUGCAGCUCAUGAGACUGGUUUUGUGACCCCAAGAUCUCGUGGCAGAUCUGCAAUAUAUAGUAUGGCUCGUACACCGUAUUCCAGAAUUUAUCCAAACUCCACUCUCAAGGGAGGUGUGCUCGCUGUUCAAGGGGAGCCUUCGGCUUCAACUCAGUCUGCCUUGGAUCAUGACAUGUUUUCUGGAUCUACACAAGGGGGGAUAAAGCGUAGAAAUUUAGCAGCGGACAAUAAUAUAGGAUCUGUUGGUCCUAUACGCCGAGUCCGUCAUAAGUCUAAUCUUCUAUAUUCUAAAGGCUCCAGCUUACCUCUUUCUGGGAGUGCUCUAUCCGUUCCUAGGAAUGGAUUGGCUAUUGAUGCUGCUCAGCAACCCUCAUCUUCCUUGCGGAACCCUGUUCUGUUAGAUGAAGUUAAGUACAAGUCUGAAAAAAAUGUUCCUUUCUCCUCAAAAUCCAGUGAGAUGGCAACAAAAAUAUUGCAGCAACUUGAUAAGUUAGUUUCCCCCAAAGAAAAAUCGUCCGAAUCAAGGCUACCCGUAGUGAGUGAUAAUUCAUCAAUGAAGUUCUCACCUUCAAUGCUACAUGGGCAGGCUCUUCGAAGCAUGGAAAUGACAGAUGCAUCAAAAUUGCCGGACAGUUUACAAAGUGAUAAAUUGGAUGGCACAUUUGGAAGUUUUUCUGCAAGUGCCCAGAAUCUGAAGUCAAUUUCACAUAGUGAUAAGGGUGAUAAUAGUCCAGCAAAACUUGUUGCUCCUUCUGAUGAAUUAGUUCCUGUUGCAACGACAACAGAUGCAGCAAAGCCAAGGAAUCAAGUCGUGUCUAGUGAAAAUUCUUCUAUGGUACAAUCAGUUUUGUACCCCACACAAAAGAAGAGGGCAUUCCAUAUGAGUGCACAUGAGAAUUCUAUGGACCUGGAUGAUCAUGUUCAUGGAACCGUCUCUUCUUUUUCUCCUGUGGAGAAAGAAACAAGAAGGACCACUGCUAUGGCAGAUAAAGUGUCGUCUGGUUUUGAAUCUGUUGUACGGGAGAGUCCCUCAACAUCAUCUGUAGUAAUGCCAUCCUCAAGUUUUAUGAUAGAUGGUGGAGCUCAUGCUAAGACAACUGAAGAGCCUAAGGUUUAUGAGAAGUUUGAGGUAUCACCCAAUACAAAGCCACUUAUCUCGGAUUCAAACCAUAAUCAAACAGCUCCAGUUACAGCAGCUACAAGAACAACUUUUGGUUCUGACAAACCUGCUUUACCAAAUGGAUCUAUCGCUAAGCCUUCUUCGUUUAAUUUUCCGAAUAAGAUUACUUCGUCAGCACAGUUAACAGCUUCUGGUGCUCCAUCAAAGGAAAUAGCCAAAUCAGCUCCUAUAUUUGGUUUGGGGAAGGUUGUUCCGUCAAAGGAGCCUCAUGCUGAUGCUCCAUCAGUGAACUUUGAAACCAAUAAAAAUGUUUUCAAGGUUCCACCAAUCCCAUUUACUGCUUCAUCAUCAGUUGGUAGUGAAUCUAAUCUGAAAUUUGGUGCUUCUUUUGAUUCUAAGCCGGGAGGCUCAAUCAGCUUAACUACUGUUGUUGAUGCAACUGAUUCUAUGCAAAAAGCUCGUGACUCUGAUAACGGCGAUGCUGAGACUAAUACAAAUACUGGAUUUUCUGUUAGGGAAUCAGAACUAGCUGUUUCAUCUGCAGCAUCAACAUCACUGUUGACACCACCAAAUAGUAUAUUCAAAUUUGGCCACAGUUCAAAUCAAAAUAAUGGGUCCCUUGCUUCAGGCCCUUCAUUCUCUUCUUCGAUUCCAUCUCUCAUAUCAAAUAACUUAAGCAACAGUAGCUCAUCCCUUUCAGCAACCACUGCUGCUUCCACUGGAGUUAGCGUGACAACUCCUGCCUCUAUUGCAUUGAGUAAUAACAGUUCCCCUUCCUUCGCCCCAGUGAUGGCAACUUCAUCUUCAACAACUUCAUUUUUCAAGUUUGGAUCCUCUCCUUUCACAUCAACAGGUUUAUCUGUAUCAUCGUCUGGUUCAGAACCACUGGAAACCAAGAGCAAUCAAGAUGCAGGAAUUGGUAAUCUUAGCAGCAAUGCAUUUGGUAGUUCAUCUGCUGCAGUUGGUAGCACAGGGAGUUCCAUUUUUGGGUUCAGCUCUUCAGCAAUGACAACUGUAACUAGCCAGUCUCAAAGUUCUUUUGGUUCUGGCAGUGGUUCUUUGUUUGGUUCCCAGGCUUCUCCUGCCAGUGGAUUUGGAGCUUCUACUCAAACCCAGUCAGUUCAAUCAUCUGCACCAUCCCCAUUGUUUGGGUUGACUGGUCAGACAGUUUUUUCUUCUGGGAGUUCUUUGUUUCCUUCUUCAAGUUCUGCCACAAAUACAUCUUUUUCUUCUGGGAAUUCAUUGUUUCCUUCAAGUUCUACCACAAAUAUUUUCAAUUCUGGGACAACUUUUGGACUUGGGGCACCUGCUUCCUCUUCGGCAGUCAACUCUAGUAGCUCUAAUAGUGGUCCAAGUUCUACUUUAUUUGGGACUUCUAGUUGGCAACCCAGCAACAAGUCUCCAUUCAGUUCCUCCUUUAGUUCUUCAUCUUCAUCCGGGUUUUCGUUUGGAACAUCAACCACAACUGUUGCUUCCACCAGUUCACCUACAAUGUUUCCAUCAACCAACACCGCAUCAGCUCCUCAGUUCUCAUUCACUUCAGCAACAGCCUCCGCCUCCUCACAGCCUGCUUUUGGAAGCCCUAAUCCUGUCUUUGCUUUUGGUUCAGCUCCAGUUAAUAACGAUCAGACGAAUAUGGUUGACAGUAUGGCCGAGGACAGUGUUCAAGCGACUCCGCCGUUGAGUCCUAUAUUUGGUCAACAACCUGCCCCAGUUCAAUCAAAUUUUGUAUUUGGAGCAUCCACUCAUUCAGGAUCCAGUCCCUUCCAGUUUGCUAGUCAACAGAAUAUUGCUCCACAGAAUCCUUCACCAUUUCAGGCUUCCGGCAGUCUGGAAUUUAAUGCUGGAGGAGGGAGUUUCUCAUUGGGCUCAGGUGGUGGUGACAAGUCUGGUCGAAAAAUUAUUAAAGUUAAACAUAGAAACCGUAAGAAGUAAGACUAUUGUUUAUGAAAACGGUUGCUUUCUAUCAUUGCCUCACACUUCGGUAGCGCAAAGAAUAAAUAAGUUCUGAAAAGCAAACGCCGGAUGGUGCUGCUCAUUUGGCAAUCUGGACAAACGGUGUUAUUGCUAGCUACUCAGCAUAUCCAAAAUUCCGUCAUCUUUCACCUUCAAUAUUCUUAUGAAAUGAGGCAUAAGUUUUCCCAAUUUUGUUAUUGUAUGAUAUGAUAGAACAUAUGCACUGUACUUGUAGUGGUUUUAGGUCAUACAGUUCACGAUAUGGUCAUUUAUGGUGGUAGUCACAGUUUGUUGUAUUCUCGUCAUUUGUAACAUAACCAGAACUAGGGAUGAAUUUAUAGCUGAGCUGGUUGUAACUUUUACAGUUCCAGUGAGCGACCCGUUGAAUAUUUUCUGCAUAAAAUACUGUCUUUUUGUUUAAAGCCAAAGGAAACAAAUGACUUACGAUGAGGGCCCACACCAUUUUU